CCGCCAGACAUUUUAAACAAAACCUCCCACACUUCACUUCUCACACUCAACACUCUCACUGACCAAUGACUUCCUCAAUUGUCUUCAAGUCCUUCACUGGACUCCGCCACUCCACCACCACAACCACCGCCGUCGAGUCUUCCAAAACACCCACCACCACCAUUUCCCCUCUCCACCACCGUACCCGCCGCUCUCUCCAAAUAUCAGCCAGCAAAACCAGCCCCAAGCUCCAAAACCGCAAUCUUCGCGUAGCCGUUAUCGGUGGCGGCCCUGCUGGUGGCGCCGCCGCAGAAACACUCGCUAAAGGCGGCAUAGAAACGUACCUCUUCGAGCGUAAGCUCGAUAACUGCAAACCAUGCGGUGGCGCCAUUCCUCUCUGCAUGGUGGGUGAAUUUGACCUACCGUUAGAUAUCAUCGACCGGAAAGUAACCAAAAUGAAGAUGAUUUCGCCGUCAAAUAUAGCCGUUGAUAUAGGGCAAACUUUGAAACCUCAUGAGUAUAUUGGGAUGGUGAGAAGAGAGGUUCUUGAUGCUUAUUUAAGGGAGAGAGCUGAGAGCAAUGGUGCUAAGGUUAUUAAUGGGCUGUUCUUGAAAAUGGAUAAGCCUAAAGGUAGUGCUACUGCGCCUUAUGUUUUGCAUUAUAAUGAUUACGAUGGCAAAGUUGGCGGCGCCGGAGAGAAGAAAAGUAUUGAAGUUGAUGCUGUUAUUGGUGCUGAUGGUGCUAAUUCUCGUGUUGCUAAGUCUAUUGAUGCUGGUGAUUAUGAUUAUGCUAUUGCCUUUCAGGAGAGAAUCAAAAUCCCAGAUGAUAAAAUGGUGUACUAUGAGAAUUUAGCAGAAAUGUAUGUUGGUGCUGAUGUUUCACCUGAUUUUUACGGGUGGGUUUUCCCUAAAAGUGACCAUGUUGCUGUCGGGACUGGGACAGUGACACACAAAGGGGACAUCAAGAAAUUCCAAUUGGCUACAAGAAACAGAGCCAAGGACAAGAUUCUCGGUGGUAAGAUUAUUCGAGUUGAAGCACAUCCGAUUCCAGAACACCCUAGGCCUCGCAGGUUAAAAGAUAGAGUAGCAUUAGUAGGCGACGCAGCUGGAUAUGUAACAAAAUGUUCAGGCGAAGGCAUCUAUUUUGCGGCCAAGAGCGGAAGAAUGUGCGCCGAGGCAAUAGUUGAAGGGUCGGAGUACGGGAAAAGAAUGAUAGAUGAGAGUGAUUUGAGGAAGUAUUUGGAGAAAUGGGACAAGACGUAUUGGCCGACAUACAAGGUGUUGGAUGUGUUGCAGAAGGUGUUUUACAGAUCGGAUCCUGCGAGAGAAGCGUUUGUGGAGAUGUGCGCCGACGAGUACGUGCAGAAGAUGACAUUUGAUAGCUAUUUGUACAAGAGAGUUGUGCCUGGAAAUCCUCUGGAUGAUUUGAAGUUGGCCUUUAAUACUAUUGGAAGCUUGGUGAGGGCUAAUGCUCUUACAAAGGAAAUGAAGAAGAUGAGUGUAUGAGCAUACAUGUAAACAUCUAACCAUUCAUUUGGAUGAGAAAACUAGGCUAGUUUCAAGCCUUUUGUUUCUUUAGAUGUCUGCUAGGUGAAUCUGUAAGUUUAUAUAUUUGAUAUGCAUAUGUUGUACAAGUACAAAACGUUAUGCCUGCAAGGCUUCUUUUGAACCUCAAUUUGUUCAUUUUGCUUAUAAAUGAAUAUUUUGAAGCUUUGAUCAAA